CAAGCAUGACCUUGUUUUAUUUCCUCUUGUGUAUGCUUUGUGCAGCUUCAUGCACUAAAACUCCUCCUCCUCCUCCUAGAAAAUAUAACUCCAUCACCAGUUUUGGGGACUCCCUAGCGGACACCGGAAAUUUCUUACUUUCCGGGGCCCUUCCAUUCUCAGUAGUAGGAAAUCUGCCUUACGGCGAGACAUUUUUCCAACGACCAACAGGUCGAUGCUCCAACGGCCGUCUCAUAGUUGAUUUCUUUGCUGAGGCGUAUGGAUUGCCCUAUCUACCGCCGUAUCUAGCAAUUGUGGAUGGGGUCAAGUAUGAAAAUGGAGUGAACUUCGCAGUUGCUGGCGCUACUGCACUUGAUGCCGAGUUUUACGCAGACAAGAAACUGGGACACUUUUUAUGGACCAACAGUUCGUUAAGUGUUCAGCUUGGCUGGUUCAAGAAGCUCAAAUCAACCUUAUGCACAACCAGACAAGAAUGUGACAACUAUUUCAAAAAGUCACUGUUUCUGGUGGGAGAGAUUGGUGGAAACGACUACAAUUAUCCGUUAUUUGGUGGUGCAAGCCCGAAAGAGCUCGAAGCUUUAGUGCCUCUAGUUCUUGAAAAGAUCAUUUCAACAGCAAGUACGCUGAUAGAGGAAGGUGCGGUUGAGCUCCUUGUUCCAGGGAAUUUGCCCAUCGGUUGCUUGCCAGCGUACUUGACCCUCUUCCUUACACCGGAGAAAGCAGCCUACGAUAGAAAUGGGUGCUUGAGAGCGCACAACGCUUUUGCAAAGUUUCACAACAAGCAACUCCAGUUUGCUUUGGGUAGCUUGAGAGCAAAAUAUCCGCAUGCUAAGAUCAUGUACGCCGAUUACUACAAUGCAGCUAAGAAAUAUGUUCACAAUCCGCUACAUCAUGGAUUCACAAAUGGUGUAUUAGCUGCAUGUUGUGGAGGAGGAGGAUCCUUCAACUUCAACAGUAGCGCAAGUUGUGGGCGCACCGGGUCCAAAACAUGCACUAAUCCUUCUACAUAUGCUAAUUGGGAUGGGAUUCACUUAACAGAGGCAGCUUAUGGGCUUAUAGCCAAGGCUUUAAUUCGUGGUCCUUUCACGUCACCGCGUAUUCAGUAAAAAAUUAAUAUUAACUACCCUCUCCGUUCUUAAAUAUCUGUCUUUUGACUUUUUAGCAUGUACGUUAAAAUAUUUUGAGUUAAAAAUAUUAUUAUAUCUAGUAUUUCCUUUUUCUCCUCUCAGGGUGAUAUAUCUGGUGUAUUAACUAUUGCACGGGCUUUACUUUUAGUUUCUGUCAUGUAAACGUGAACGGGUGUAACCAUAUCAUACAUGGUACAUAUCUGAAGAUGAGUUCGUGACCUAAAUAACUGCUACACCAAGUGUUUCCACCUCUUUCAUUUUUAUGUACGAGCGUGCGUACAAUAUGUGGUACCGAAUACAACUGAUGUUUUUAGCU